AUGGGAGGUGAAGGAGCCAAAGAACGACGACGUCUGAAACGGGCUGGACAGGAUGGUGGCGGCGCGUCUGCAGCCGACAAGAAGACCCCACCAUUCAAGCGAAAUGAUGCUCGCAUGAAACCAGUCGCCAAACACCAAUUCCAAAAGAAACCAUUUGGGAAGGGCGCUAAAGUGGUUGGCAAAUUCAACAACAGCAAUAAUAAUAAUAAUAAUAAUAGCAAUCACAACAAUAGGAACUCGGCAAAGCAUGGUGCUGCAACUUUCAAGAAAUUCCAACAAACGAAAUCGAAAAAGAAGAACCCCUCCAAGAAACCAAAACAUUUGAAGCGAAAGUUGGAACAAUUGGGAGAGGACAAUGCUGAAGAACGGGAAGCCGUCUUGAAAAGGUUGAAUGAAUGGGAACGUGCAAAGGAGAAUUUUUCUGUUCAAAAUAAGAACAAGAAAGCUCAUUCGUCCAAAGAAGAAGAAACGAAGGAUACGCCUUCCAAAAAGAAUAAAGACGUGGCAGAGGAAAUCAAGGCCUUUCCCAGGGGUGGUAGUGGUGAAACAAUUGUGAGCGAGAAGAAAGAAACAUCAGCACCAGAACCAGAACCGGAACUAGAUGAUUCAUCCGAAAAAUCAGCAAGUGGUUCAGCAAGUGGUAGCAGCGAAAAAAGUAUGAGUGAGACACAAGAAACACCAGCACCAGACGAUGAUUCAUCCGAAAAAUCAGCAAGUGGCACAGAAACACCAGCUUCCAAACCUAGCAACGAUACAAUGAAUGAUUCGGGUUCAGAUGACGAACCUGGCGAACCUCGCCGGCAACGAGGACGUCGACGACGCGGUCGGAAGGAUACGGACAAAGUAGUUGCCGAAAUCACUUCAGCAGUUGAAGAGGCCAAGUCCACACCGAGCAAAAGUGGCAAUGCUACUGGGGAUGAAGGCAAUGGGGAAACCAAUCCAACUGAAAAGAAGGAAGGAAAAGCCUCGAGCAGAUAUUGUACCGGGAGAAAACCCGUCACAGAUUUUGCUGUUGGGAAGUGUUACACUGGAAAGGUGGUCUACGUCAAGCCCUUUGGCGUUUUCAUUGAUAUUGGCUGCCACUCGGAUGCGUUUUGUCACGUGUCUCGGCUGAGUGACGACUAUGUGGAAUCGCCUGAAAUCAUGUUUAAGGAAGGUGACGAGCUUGUCCCUCGGAUUGUUGAAAUUGACCGUAAGCAAAAGAAAAUUACUGUUAGUUUGCAGUCCGAGGCAAGAAUCGCAGAUGAACAUAAGUCCAUGGUGGCCCGAAAAGAGCGCAAAGUGUCUCGCAGCAAGAAGUCCAAACCGAAGCCUGCUGCGUUAAAGAAAGACUUAAACAGAGAUGAUUCUUUCCGAAAGGCAACUACAAGUGCUGAGAAGCCUGCUACUCGGACACCAGGAGUACUACCACCAAAACUAGUCCGACCCCCGGAUGAAUCUACAAUGACCCCCGUGGAGCUAAAGAGAGCUCGAAAACUAGCGAGAAGAGCUGCAAGAAGAGAGCAAACAGAGGCAACCACGGACCAAUAA